GUCGAGCUGGUGCCACCGACGUAAUGCGCGCCGUCGGGGUGCCAGUGCCCUCCGUGCGGCUUGACUGCGUGAAACUCGCGGCAGUGCAGAUCACGCUGGUGCGUGACGGGGCGAUGGUGCUCCUGGUCGCGCUGAUCAGCGAUGAGUGGCAGAUGCCCGUCGUGGUGAUCAGCAACGUGAUGCUCAACAGCGAGAUGGUCAAGUUGCUGGUUUUGGACGUGCUGGUCCACGAGUCUCUGUUGCUACUCGUCAUGGUGAUCAGCGACGUGGUGCUGACGGUCGUGCGGGUCUCUUUCGUGGGCGUCAGAUUCGAGAUGAUGCUCUCCGGCGUUCCACUCGAUGUCGGGGCGGCGUUGCCCGCAGAGGUGCCCAGCCACGUGGUGCUCGAGACAGGACCCGCCCCUCUCGCGGGCGGCGGGGCGGAGUUG